GAAGAACAGCUGGGGGCAGCGCAGCAUAGAGCCAAAGAAAAGAAAAAAAAAUUGUUCGGCUGCUCUUCUUCUUCCCGAAACCUAUCCUCCACCCUCUGCAACUCACCUCUGGCCACUUGCCAGCAGCCCCCAUCAAGGCCUCCAUCCCACCACCGUUCGGCUGCCAAAAUAGCCCAGCCUUCCCCUCUGCAGCAACCGCUACCAGCUUCUCUGUUCCACUCUCACUGCCCUCCCACUGCUGCACCAACUCCGGUAGCCACCCAAGCCCUCACGCACGUCAACCUCAUCCCGAGCAGCCCUCUGCACAGCUGCAACCGCACCUCCAGCCACCAUCCUCGCAGCCUCCGGCUACCGCUGCAACGCCGGCCACUCCUGCUCCCGGCAAGAUCCCCAGCAGCGGCGACUCCACUGCUGCAACACCAGCAACCCUCCCACGAGCACCUGUUCCACUCCCUUUCUACGACGCCACCACACCAGCCCCACUGUUCUCGCAACACUCCAGCCACCGUUCCAGCCAGUCCCUCCGACGAACACACCAAACAGCCCAGCUCCGGCAACCACCACUCUCAUCCUCGUCAUAUAGACGUCGGCGCCUCUCCGUUCGUCACGGCCUCACCAGCAACCGUCAUCCUCACCGUUCACCAGCCCCGACCAUCAUCACCAGCAGACAACGACCGUUCAUCACCGUCAGUCUCUUCCUCCUGCAACUACCCGUGAAAUCUGGCCAACAGUGCUCUCCGCCGCCGCUUCCCCGUGAGCAUCAUAGCAACCAUCGUCCGUCAGGUCUUCUCCGAACUGCAGUAGCCACCGGCAUUCAGGCGAUAUUCCGGCCAGCUAGGAUUUUCUUCUCUUUUGUAAUAAUUUUUAUUCAGAAUUUUCUUUCCUUGUGUAAUAAUUUUUAUUCACUUUUACAUAUGCAUAUCUAAUGUCAUUUUUUUUUUAUUCUUUCUGUGAUAAUGUUUAUUUAGGUUUUUUAUGUUAAGGGUAUUCACUAUACAUGUUAAAUGAUGUUAGGAUACAAUAUUUUAGGGUACUUAUUUAAGUUGUUUGUUAUUAUGACAUAUGUUUAAUGUUUAACAUUUAUAUGUUUAGGGGUGUAUAUUAAUUUUGGUGACCAUACUAAAUCGGUAUAUAUUAUUUUUCAGCAAUAACUUGUUUCCAUAAUUUUAUAAUUUCCUUACCCUUGUAUUGGUUUUCAUGUUUUAAUUCUAAAUUUGGUUUAUUUCCUUUAUUAAUUAUUUCCAUAUGGGUGUGAUGAUAUUUAUAAGAUAAUAGAGGUGUGUGUCAUUAAGAAAAUUGUUAUUAUUACCUUUUAAUACUAUUAUAACAUAUGUUAGGUAUUAUUAUUAUUAUCAUGUGUGGAAUUAUUACGAUAUCAUUAUGAUAUUCAGAAUAUGUAAUUAUUAUUAAUGUGUGCAUAUUGUUACUAUUAAUAUUAUUUAUUAUCAUUGUGGAAUUACUACUACUACUACUACUACUACUACUACUACUACUAGUAUUAUUAUUACUAUUAUUAGUACUAUUAUUAUUUUUACUGUUGUUAUCUAUUAUUAUUUUUAUGUUUAUUAUCAUCACUAUUAUUAUUAUUAUUAUUAUUAUUAUUAUUUAUUAUUUUUUUGUUAUUAAGUAUUUUUUUUUAUUUUUUUUAUUUUUUUUAUCCCUAUGAUUUUAUUGCGAGGGUAUGAGCCUUCGGGCAUUACGUACCCUAAGCUCUGAGGGAAUAUAUGUAUAUAUUUAUUUAUUUAUUUAUUUUUCAUAGGUAUUUAUAAAUUCACAAAAAGGAGUAAUUUAAAGAUUUAUUAGAUUAACUUAGGGAUAGUUUCAAAUUAAUUAGGUACCGUUCGUAAGAACGGGCGCGUAGGGGGUGCUCGUACCUUCCCCUCACGUAACCGAACUCCCGAGCCUAACUCUGGUAACGUAGACCGAUUCUACCCCUAACGGGGUAGUAAUCACGUGUUCUAACCGCACUAAAGGUUAGUGGUGACUCCGACAUUCCAUGAUUUUUUCUGAAAAUAUUAAAAUUGAUUUUUUUUCUAAUUUCACCGUCCGGGGCACACGCGCUCCCGGGACGCCGCGACAGCUUGGCGACUCCGCUGGGGACGUUAGAGAGUCGAGCCAUUAAUUAAUUAGAAAUUAUCCCAAGUUCAAAUUUAAUAAAACUUUUAAUUACUCCUGAUUUUGUGAAUAUUGUAAUUUGUAAAUAACUUUGAUUAAUUGUAGAUAUUUUACUUCCAUAAUUUGUAAAUAACCUUAAUUAAUUAAAAAUAUUUUGUUUCCUAAUUUUUUUUUAAAUAUUAAUUGUAGAUAUUCUGAAUAAAGCAUAUUAAUUGUAAGAUAUUUUGAAAAAGUAAAUUAAUUAUAGAUAUUUUGUAUACUAAUCGUAAAUAUUUUGUUUCCUUAUUUUUGUUUCCAAAUUUUUUUGUGAAUAAACAUAUUAAUUGCAUAUAUUGUGUUUCCUUAUCUUUUGAAUAUAUAUAUUAAUUGUAAAUAUCUUGUUUCCAUAUUGUUUAUAGCAUGUGAAUAAAUGUGGGGAUAGCGGGAUUAGGUUAAAAAAUUGAAUUCACACACUUUCACGCUCUAUACCCGAGCUUUCCUUACUAGGACUAGAUAGGAGUGUAAUAGCGUCAGUCCCUUCGUGGCAGAGCUUGAUGGGACCCGCGAACCACUCCACUCAGUGUGGGUUUUAUCCGGACCCCUAUGGGGGAGGAUGAAAUUCCAAACUGGGAACCUUUUGUCAAUAGGGUUAGAGCCUACCCACACAUACUUGUCUAUAGUCUUCCCUAACUAGGAUAGAGCCAUGAAGAACCCUGUAUAUACAUACCUACCCUGGGUUGGGACAUCCUUAUCCCCAUACCAUCUAUUGUAUAUAUAUUCUGAGAUACCUUGUAUUAUACUAUGCAUUCUGCAUCCAUUUUAGACUUACAUACUACUUAGCCGGUAUUCUAAAAAUGCCAAAUAAUGGGACCAUGGCCCAUCCUUUCAAAAAUGAAGCACUUGGCCUAAGCAUUUUAAAAUAUGGGUCGGCCCAACCCUUUUCAAAUAACUCAGGCCCAAUUCUUUAAAAGCAAAUCUUGGGCCUGACUUUUUCCUAAGCAAAAACUCGGCCCAUGCCUAAGUUUCAAAAAGGGGCAAACCCAGAUUUCAAAAGAGGACUUCAACCCCAUUGCCUAAAAAUUUGGGCCAACAUUUUUUCAAGUAAUCCAAACCCAAUUCCUUUUCAACUAGGGCCUUAACCCAUCAUGAAAUAGCUCGAAGCCCAUAUUUUAAAAUACUUGAGGCCCAAGUGCACGCUAAAGUCCGCAAGUCCACAUUGAAUGAAUCCAAUGGGUUGACUAGCCUGGGUCAACCCCAACCUCAAAACAUAAUUUGACCCUUUAUAGAAUCUAAGGUACAUGGACCAUCAUCAAGGAAAUGAAUGGGUAAGGGAGAAAUUGAAUUGAAAUCGUGGACAAUCAAUGGUCAUGUUAAUCUUGACCCGUCUCAUUAGUAGGAUUUUUCUAGAAUUCUAGCUAAGUAGUAAUUUAGGACAUCAUAUUCAUGCAUUUCAUUUCAUACAUAGUCAUGCACGAUAGGCUGCAUGCAUGUUUAUAUCUUUGUUUGUAUAUAUAAGUACAUUAAUUACAUCCAUACAUAAACACCUAUUACAUACCCUGAUCAUGCAUCAAAACACAUUCACUCAUGUAGUACAUAAUUAUGCAUUCAUGAUUCUAAAAGGAAGUUUGUUGGUUUUCAGUUCCUAAUCAAAGAGGUGGUUUGAGUAAUAUAAAGCAAUAAUUGAGACCACCACGCAUCAGUACAAUACCAGGCGAAGAGCGAGAGAAAUGAGUGAACAAUUGGAAAAUAGAAUCCUGGGUCUAGAACAAGGACAAGAAGAGAUAAAUGACAAGAUAAGUAAGGUUCUGGAGUUACUAAUGAACAAGGGAAAGGCAGUGCAUGUUGAUCCCGAAGUAGAUGUGGACCCCGCUCAUCCCCCAGGGUUCACCCCUGAUCAUGGACAAACAUCAAUUCCACCGCCUGGUGUCAUGGGGGGUCCACCGCCAAAUAUGCCUCCUUUCAUCCCUGCUAUGCCAGCACAGGGGUUCCCAGUAGUAGGAACUCCUCCAUUAGUACCUUCUGAUAUGGGAAUUAGUAAAUCUGAGGCUGAGCGUCGCUGUGACGUAUUAGAAGAGCGCUUAAAAGCAAUGGAAGGUUCUAAUACUUUCGAUUCAGUUAAUCCAAAUGACCUUUGCUUGGUGCCUAAAGUAACCUUGCCGCCAAAGUUCAAAAUGCCAGACUUUGAAAAGUUUGACGGGACCCGGUGCCCUCGAACACAUUUAGUGGUGUACUGCCAAGCAAUGGCUGCGUGCUCAGACGAUGAAAAACUAAUGAUGCAUUGCUUUCAAAGCAGUUUGACUGGGUCCGCUAUUCGUUGGUACAUUCAGCAAGAUAAGGCUCGGGUCCGCACUUGGAAGGACUUGGCCAAUGCCUUUGUUACUCACUACCACCGUGUAACAGAAAUGACGCCUGAUCGGAUGAUGCUGCAAGAAAUGGAGAAGAAACCCACCGAAACAUUCAGAGAAUAUGCUUACAGGUGGAGAGAUAUGUCAAUCCAAGUGGACCCCCCGGUGAGUGACCGAGAGGCUAUCUCCUUGUUCGUAAGUACAUUAAAAGACCCCUACCGUACGCACCUUCGGGGAGCAACUCCCCAUGAUUUUAUGGAUAUUGUGGCUGCGGGAGGAAGAAUUGAAGGUGAUAUCAAGGCAGGCAUAGUCAAGGAUAAUGGCUCAGAAACUGGUUUAGGCAAAAGGUGGACUAAUAGGAAGAAGGAGGAAGAGGCACAAAUGAUACAGGGGCAGUUUAAUUGGAAGAAUCAGUACACCAGAGGUGGGAACCAAUGGCCCAAGAGAAACUUUGGUUUUGAGCCCAUGGUAAAUCAAACGGCGCAUACAGGCACAAGGCCCCAGAUUGUUCACUCUGGUCCACCGAAUCAGCAAGCACAAGAUAGGAAUGUGACUAGAAACUUCCAAAGGGUGGACCCCAUUCCCAUGACAUAUGCCGAAUUAUUUCCUCAGCUGCGGGAAAGGGGGAUGGUAUCUGCAAUCCCUGGGACGCCCGUUGCGAACCCUCCUCCACAGUGGUAUGAUCCUGGGGUUCGUUGUGAGUACCAUGCUAACUCUCUCGGCCAUACUAUUGACAGAUGUUGGGCCUUCAAGCAUAAGGUGCAAUCAUUAAGAGAUGCUGGAUGGUUAGCAUUCGACGACAAGCAACCGGGAGUCCAGGGGAAUCCUUUGCCCAAACACGAGGAGGGAAGUGGUUAACAUAUCCAGGAGGUUCUCAAAUCAAUGGUUUCAGUUGUUAUCCACUGAGAAUAAAAUGAUGGAGUACCGAACUUUUGACUAUCUAAUCCUUUUCAGUUAAUGUUCUUUUGUUUUCCAUUGUUAUUUACUUUUUGUAGUCCAUGGACGCCUGUGUCUCGGAAUAUUUUCUAUAUUCAAUAAAAUGAAUUAUGCGUUUAGUUA